AUACGUGCGUAACAAACCUAUCUUUCAGCGAGAGUUUCGCAUCUUGUCAGCUAAAAGAACUGUGCAACAAACGUACAGCUAACACAAAGAUUCAGUCUGUGUAUCAGCUACUGUGGGGUACCUAACGUCAGAGACAGCGCUUUGACAAGCAGAUUUGUUCGGGCGCACGGAAAUCCUGCGUUGCAGAAAGAAUGGGAGGCUCAGAAUCUAAGGAGGAGACCGAGGAGGUAGUAAGAUGGCACGACCGUUGGGACGACGACGCCGAACAACGAGGCAUCGCUGAAGCUGUCAAAGAGUUCGAACAGCGCCGUGGGAGUCAGAGGAUGAAGGAGGUAAAGGAGACGUACCUGCGGAUAAAGAACGACCUGGAGGAGUACGAAGUUGGGUCGAAACUGCGGCUUGGCAAAUUUUUCCCGGCAGAUGUCAAGGAGAUGGAGAAUAUUAACAUAGCGAUGAUUGGCCCGACAGGAAGUGGGAAGUCAAGCUUCAUCAACAUCGCUGAAAAAGUCAUGAUGGGUCCGGGUGAGGCCACUGCCAUUACACAAAGCACGGGAAAGGAGGGUACCAUCCACCUGGAAGAGUACCUCACUAAGUUCAACUUUAGGUUGAUCGACACAAGGGGCUACUUUGAAUUGGACAAGGGGUGGUCUGAGGAGUUACAGAAAAUCUUGACAGGCAGGAUCCGCCCAGGGAUGACGAUCGAGCGUUCAACAGAUGAGGCGGCUUUUGCUCCGGAGCAACACGAACGGGCCGACGACGCGCCUCUCGGCGAGCAGAUCCACGGCGUCAUCUGUGUGAUGGUGGACAAGGACCCCAGACUGAAGCAGUACAGGGAGAGGAUGAAGUCUAUGAAGGACUACCUAAGGGCAAAAGGUUACAGCCCACUCGCUGCUCUAGCCUUUGAAAACGAGAACGACUUCAAGGACGAAGACAAACGACGUGAAAUCAUGGAGGAAUUGUCUGCUGCAGUAGGAAGUCCCAUAGACAAAACCUUUCCUUUCAUCAACCACCUGGCAUCUGGAAGUGACGUGAAGAAAGACCCGGAGUCGGUGCUGAACGUGUUGGACAUCCUGGACACCGCAGUGACCGCGGCAGAAAAAUUCAUCAAGGUCCGGCUGCAGCGUGAGAAGCACUCCAGAGAACGUCAGGCAAAAGGGAGCGGCCCCGAGUCCCAGUCAGUCGGUGACUUCAUCCAGACCCUCGGGAAGGCGCACAACUGGGACAGAGAUCGCACCGACGCCCUGGUCAAGCAGAUGCAAGACAAGGACAUCUAUGACGUCAGCGACCUUCGGGAGGGCUUGGAUGACAUCAGCCUGACGAUUGGGCAGAAGAAAGCCAUAAAGAAAGCUCUGCCCCCGUAGUCAUUUCCGUCUUACCAAGCAUUCGUGUGGUAUUCUUAUGUAGCCACUUCGUAGUAUGCAGAGUGCAUGCAAGUCUAUGACUACCACUGUCUGUAUGCAGGGUAUGCAUGUAUUUGCUAAAAUCCAGCUUUGUUAAGGCUUACAGACGACAAAACAGUAACAGUAUAACAAUAUCAAAUGUUAUAAGGUUCGUUACUAGGCAGUUCAAGAGAUGCUAACUUUCAAGGCCCAAAUGCUGAGUUGAAAGCACAAAAUAAAGUACAAAUGACUACAUGAAUUAUGUUAACUAACUUUGUGGAACAAGGAGCAUCAUGUACGUGUACCAUAUAUGAUCACCAUUUCUUUUAAACGAACUUAUGCUACGACUUAUGCAAAAAGAAGACAGCUGAGGGCAUGCUUGACAAGAAAUAGUAACUGUUUUAUUGCAAAUUCAUGCCCGAGGGCUAAUUGCAGGAACAGAAGAAACAUUUGGUAUAAAAAACAGACAAUUGGUACACAUAGAACUACUGAUAACUACUAAGAAACUACUAGUAAAAACUACUGGGUUUGACUGCUUUAUAAUACACCGGUAUGAUCUCA